GCGAAGUUCUUUUUCUGCAGACUGAAAAGUCGAAGCUGUUUUGAAAAUUUAUAGAUCGGGAAAAUUUGUGGACACUGUAGUUUUUUAAAUGGUCGAAGGUUCCAGUUUUUUUUAGAAUAUAUACGUUAAAAAUAUACUAACAACAUCAUCAGGAUAUUGCAAAAUUUGCAUCGCAGUUCUCUGUGCCUCAGUGGCCGCUGUAUGUCGUGUAUGAUUUUGAGUGCGGAAUUCUAAUUCUGAUCUCUGCUGACUCUUCCCUUCCCCCACCAUGGCCAUGGACAACGAGAACAGCGCCCUGUCCACGGGCGACUACCUGGACAACGACGCCUCGCACCUCUCCGUCCCGGACACCGCCAGCACGGCGCCCCAGACCCCCCUGGCGGCAUCCUCCCGGGCCGACUCCCCCGAGAUCUCCACCGUCCCCCCGGCCACCCCCUCGGCCGUCAAUCCCGAGGCGGCCUCCUCCCAGUCCCCCGUGCCCAAGUUCACCGUGGACAAGCGCAUCAACGAGGACUACAAACUGUGGAAGAAGAACAUCCCCUUUCUGUACGACGUCUGUCUGAUGACGGCCACCCAGUUCCCCAGCUACACCGUCGACUGGGUGCCCGAGUCGCAGACGGUGACGGACGAGGAGCUGGGGCUGGAGUAUGUGCAGCAGAAGAUCGUCCUGGGCACGACGGCAAGGAAUGAGGAGGACGUGCAUCUCAAUGGCAUCGUGAUAAUGAACGUGCGCUUCCCGGCGGCCAUCCCCGACCGUUUCGCCCAUCUGGACGACAAGCCGACGGAGUUCCGCAGCGAUAUCGGCCUGUUCAGCGCCUCCCCCUCCUGUUUGUUCACCUGCGGCAUCAUCGCCCAGUCCUACCCUAUCACCAACGUCCGCAUCAUGCCGCAGCGCCCCCAACUAGUCUGCGCCAAACUGGCCGACAGCACCAUGCUGGUGUACGACUGGAAGGAGGAGCUGGAGGACGGCUGGUCCUACGAUGAUCCCAUUGUCGAGAAACCGGGACUGUUUGAACUGGUCGGCCACGACACCAAACACCCCGCAUCACACGGACUGGCCUGGAAUCCCACGGUGCAGAAGGAGGGCUGGCUGGCCAGUUGCGCCAAGGACGGGAAGAUCCUGGUGUGGGAUGUGGGCGGGCUGCGGGAACGGGCGGAAGUCACGCCCACCGUGACCAUCACUGGACAUGCGACAUCCGUGGAGGAUAUUGCCUGGCACCCCCUGUACCCCACCCUGAUCGCCUCCGCGGGGGCGGACAAUUGCUUCUGCCUGUUUGAUCUGCGCUCCCGCGAUCUCUCCCGUCCCAGCCACUCCGUCGUCGCGCACACCGCCGGCGUCAACGCCGUGUCCUUUGCGCGGGCCCAGUAUUUACUCGCCACAGCGUCCGACGACACAACGAUCGGGUUGUGGGAUAUGCGCUAUCUGGGACGGAAACUGCAUUCCCUGCAGUACCACACGAGCGAUGUCUUCAGUCUGGACUGGUGCCAUGAACCCGACCAGUUGACGGUGUUGGCGUCGGGCGGGGCGGACCGACGCAUCUGUCUGUGGGAUGUGGCCCAGGUGGGGACGACGGUGGAGCGCAGUGUGGAGGUGGACGCGCCGCCGGAGCUGGUGUUUGUCCACGGCGGACACACCGGGCGGGUGACGGAUGUCGGGUGGAAUGCGGUGGAGGGCCGGAAGAUGGUGCUGGCCAGUGUGGCGGAGGAUGCUAUUGUGCAGGUAUGGAUGCCAGCGAAAUAUCAGCUGUGUACGGAAGAGAUUCCCGCCGCGGUGGAACCGCCCUCCGAGCCCCUGUCCUCCACAUCGUCCACGGCCGCCACUACAGUGGCCGUGGCCGUUGAAUCCUAGUACAUACUGGCUUUAACCACGAUGUUUUCAAUUCAUUCUUCCCUGGCUUCCAAAUGCAUGCUUUGUUUUGUUUUUGUUUAGAUUUUGCUGUCUGUAUAGUUUAACGUUGUUAUUUUGUUUCCUGUUACCAAGUAUUCCAGUGUAUUGAGUACGUGAAACUUCUGCGAUGUGCAAAAGCAGUUUUUUAUUGUUGAUCAAAACCUUACUAAGGAUUUUCAUAAGCAACAUUCGCCUGGACUAAUAAAAGCUA